CACAUUCAACGGGCAAGAUCGAUCCAUCCAAAUUCCGCCUCAUCUUCAUUUCCCGCAUAUCGUAACUUCCUAAAAACCAAAAAGAAGAGAAAGAAGGGGAGAAACAGCAAACGCAAGGCAAAGAGAAACGGUCGUAAAUUUUCCGAGGUAGAAGGGAAGCAAAAUAAUACGAUGUCGUUAUGUUGCUCCUUGCCAACUGCAAAAUCCAUGUCUCUCUUCUCCAAAAAACCCCAUGGACUCAUCAAAGCUUCUUCUUCUUCAUCCUCCUCUUCUGCUGACAUCCCCGAUUUCCUCUCUGCUCAUUGGCUUGAAUCUAGAAGGAAAAGACCUUUUGGCCCAAGGUUAACGUUUAGUGCGGAAGAAGCUGUUCAGCACCAACUUGAUGCAUUAAAGUAUAAUGACCAACCUCGACAGGAUUACGGGAUUGAAGUUAUGUACAGAUUUGCAGGAUUUGAUCCUUUUGAAAGGUCUACAUAUUUUGGACCGUUCUUUGACCUAGGACAGUUCGAGCGGUUUAGGAGAAUUUUUCACCAUUCAAGUUAUCGAGUAUUGCUUGGUCACAAGGAGAGGAAGAUCUUGAGCAGUUUGUUUGUCAAGGAGAACCAAUUCAAGCAACGGAUUUGGAUACUUGGAAGUCGUCCAAAUGAGGAAGAAAUAUUCGAGUUUACAAUGGUGCAGAGGAUUGGUGGUUCAUGGGAUGGGUAUUGGUUGACAGAGAGUUUACAUCAUGACGGAGAUGCAUUUGCCGGUGGUUUGGCUUACUGACAACAGUCGACGCGGGUUGUCUCUGAAUUACGUGUAUCUCACACAUUCAUGUAGAUAAUGCCACUUCCUGUCAUGACCAGCCUCGACAAAACUUUGUAAAUUUGAACCUGUGAAUAUAUUUUAUAUAUUUGUCAA